AUGGACUUGAAUGGUGAGGUACGACACAAGCGAAAGUCGAGCCCCGUGCAUAUAAAAGAUAGACCUUCGAAGAUUCGCAAGCCUGACAACGAUUUUGUGAACGGUUCGACUUCGAUAGAAAACGACCACGACUCAUCCACAUUAAUUCAGACCAUGGAAAGCGAAAUAGUCCAGCAGCCCGUGACGGCCUUGGCCGACAGCGUAGAGUGGCAGGCCACGAUUGAAAAAGUUGUGAAAAAGGUCGUAUCGAUACAUUUUUGCCAGACUUGCUCCUUUGAUACCGACGCGGCUAUUGCGAGCGAAGCUACUGGUUUCGUUGUAGAUGCAACGAGAGGCUACAUCUUGACGAAUCGACAUGUUGUGGGCGCUGGUCCCUUCUGGGGAUAUUGUAUCUUUGACAACCAUGAGGAGUGUGCUGUGCGACCCAUCUAUAGGGAUCCUGUCCAUGACUUUGGAAUUCUCCAGUUUGAUCCUAAGGAGAUCAAAUAUCUAGAGCUGUCCGAGAUCCAGCUAAGACCUGACCUCGCAAAAGUUGGGUCUGAGAUUCGUGUUGUCGGCAACGAUGCCGGUGAGAAGCUCAGCAUACUGUCUGGCGUCAUUAGCAGGUUGGACCGAAAUGCCCCUGAAUACGGAGAAGGCUACAGUGAUUUUAACACUAAUUACAUACAAGCCGCGGCCGCAGCUUCUGGAGGUAGCUCCGGUAGUCCUGUUGUGAAUCGGGACGGUCAUGCUGUAGCUUUGCAGGCUGGAGGCAGAAGCGAUGGUGCCGCGACAGACUAUUUCCUACCUCUGGACCGUCCUUUGCGCGUCCUGAAAUGCAUACAAGACAAGACACUCGUCAGUCGAGGUACGAUACAAACACAAUGGCUGAUCAAACCGUUCGACGAAUGUCGACGUCUUGGCCUCACGUCAGAGCAUGAAGCCGCUAUAAGAAAGAACUUCCCAAAAGAGACUGGCCUUCUCGUUGCAGAAAUCGUUCUCCCUGAAGGACCAGCAGACGGUAAAUUGGAGGAGGGCGAUGUAUUGAUCAAAGUCAACGAUGAGUUCUUGACUCAAUUCGUGCGUCUUGACGACAUCCUGGACUCGAGUGUUGGGUCACAGGUAAAGCUAAUGGUACAACGGGGCGGCCACGACAUUGAGGUUGAGGUCGAUGUCGGUGAUCUCCAUGCAAUCACGCCAGACCGUUUUGUCUCUGUGACAGGUGCUUCAUUUCAUGACCUUUCAUACCAGCAAGCCCGCUUGUACGCCAUACCCGUCAAAGGGGUUUUUGUAUGUGAAGCCGCUGGGACUUUCCGAUUCGAAGGCUCGGAAUCUGGGUGGAUGAUCGAAUCCGUCGAUGGCCACAAAACACCAAAUUUGGAGACCUUCGUUGAAGUAAUGAAGGGUGUGGCUGAUCGCGCGCGCGUUGUCGUCACGUACAAGCAUUUACGCGACCUUCAUACCACGAACACCAGUAUCAUGUACAUUGAUCGUCAUUGGCAUACAAAGAUUAGGAUGGCCGUACGCAACGACGAAACUGGGUUGUGGGAUUUUCAGAAUAUUUCCGAUCCUCUUCCGGCUGUACAACCAGUUCGGCGGAGGGCUGAAUUUCCACGCCUUGAUACUAUGGGACAUGAAGCUGCUACCGACGCUAUUAGAAGCUUUGUACGUGUCUCAUGUACAAUGCCCAUCAAACUCGAUGGGUUUCCACGAACGAGGAGGAUUGGGCAUGGGCUCGUAAUCAAUGCCGAGAAAGGCCUGGUCAUCGUUUCACGAGCGACCAUUCCCUAUGAUAUGUGCGACAUAUCCUGUACCAUCGCAGACAACAUGAUUGUUGAGGCAAAAGUGGUUUUCAUGCAUCCAAUCGCCAAUUAUGCUAUUAUUCAAUACGAUGCGUCUCUGGUGGACGCUCCUGUCAAAUCCGCGAAACUUGCUCAAGAGCCGAUCAAACAGGGUGCUUCCACUAUCUUUCUUGGAUGGAACCAAAACCUCCGAGCCGUCGUCACACCGACGACUGUCACAGAUAUCACCACCGUCGCAAUACCCUCAAACCCACAAGCACCCCGUUACCGAGCUAUCAAUCUAGACGCGAUUACGGUAGACACAGGAUUGAGCGGCCAAUGUGGUAGCGGCGCACUUGUUGCUGAAGAUGGCACGAUAGAAGCACUCUGGCUAAGUUACUUAGGAGAACGCUCAGGGGGAGUGCAAAUAGAGAAGGAUAUCGCACCCAAGCUUCGCAUUCUCAAUAUCGAAACAAAUACGAUACAGAUGUCGCAAGCUCGAAUCAUGGGCGUCACAAGCGAAUGGGUUGAUAAGGUAUCAGCGGCGAAUCCCACCCGGCAUCAGCUCUUCAUGGUGCGAAAAGUGGAUUGCGCGUCUCCUACUGACAAAGAGGAUGAAGCGUUUAAAGAGGGAGAUAUCAUCCUCACCCUGAACGACCAUCUCAUCACGAGUGUCUCACAGUUCGAUAUUAUGUACGAUCACGACUCCCUGGAUGCGCUCAUUGUCCGAAACAAAGAGUUGAUGCAGUUACGAGUCCCGACGAUACCCACUGAAGAUCUUGAAACGGACCGGGCCAUCAUUUUCUGUGGGGCCAUCAUCCACCGACCGCAUCACGCUGUUCGGCAGCAGAUCAGCAAGCUCCAUAGCGAAGUUUACGUCAGCGCUCGGACGCGAGGCUCCCCAGCGUAUCAGUACGGACUCGCGCCAACGAACUUCAUCACGCAUGUCAAUGACAAACGUACGGCGACGUUGACCGAAUUCCUUGACGCGGUCAACUCCAUCCCAGACAACACCUACUUCCGGCUCCGAGCAAGCACGUUUGAUAACGUGCCGUGGGUAGCGACCAUGAAGAAGAACGAGCAUUACUUCCCUACAAUGGAGUACAGCAAGGACGCAAAGGAGCCUAACGGAUGGAAAGUCCAAAAAUGGGCGGAGAAGGGAGGCGCAGAAGAUACUGCUGGUGGUCUCAUGGACGAGGGCGGAGGCGGAGAUGGAGGUGAGGAUGGUGGGGAGACGGGAGAGUGA